AAAAAAAGAGCUAGAUGUUCACACGUAUCAACACUAAUAGAUGUGCAGAUAUUUUAGCUGACCGUAGAGUUUCUCAUGACUUCACUACAGUUCAGCUACAGUUCAGAUCAUCUGUCAUUUUAAUCCUGGACCUGUUUUGAAGAGUUUGUCUUCUCUUAUUUGUGGACUGAAACCGUUGAAGAUGUUUGACAGAUUUUGGUUCUGUUUGUGUUUGUGGCGUCUGGUAGGUGUGUUUGCUGAUACAGACACAGUGAAGCCAGUGUCAGUGAAGGAGGGAGAUUCAGUCACUCUACAGAUUAAUGUCACUGAAAUACAGGCAGAUGAUGAGAUAACAUGGACAUUUGGAACUAACAGGAAUCUAAUAGCUAAAAUCAGUGGAGAGACCAGUGACAUCGGUGAUGUUCCUGAUGGUAGAUUCAGAGACAGACUGAAGCUGGAUCAUCAGACUGGAUCUCUGAACAUCACAGACACCAGAACCACAGACUCUGGACUUUAUGAAGUUGAGAUCAGCAGCAGAAGAUCAGACGAUACACACAGAUUCAGUAUUACUGUCUAUGCCGCUACAACACCAGACCCACAGACUCCUCCACAUCCUCCUUCAACUUCUCCAUCACAUUCUCCAGCACAUCCUUCUUCACGUCCUCCAGUAUUUCUGAUAGUGCUGAUCUCUGCUGCUGCUGCUGCUGCUGGAUCUCUGGUGAUUGUGGCUGUAAUUCUGAUGUUUUGUAUCAAGAGGAAACACAGACCACUCAGGUCAAUUCAUGAAGACGAGAAUCAAGCUGCUGUAAAAACUCUACAAACACACUGGACUGAUGAAGGAAUCUGA